AGAAGUCCAUCGUGAACAGUUAUGGCGGUCGAAGUGUUUGUUCGUGGAAAUGUACAUGUGUUUUUCACCUGCAUUAUACUCAUGCAUCCCUCAAGUGCAGUGGUUGGCAGAGUCGUCUCAGAAAACCGGUGUAGUUGAUGGCUGGUGGAACUGGCUUACCAAGGAGUCAAGCGGGAGACGUUGGCUGCCAGUGAAGGUGGCAACAGAAGGGAUUUGUUAGCGGGCCGGUCGGGCCUCGUGUUUUCGUGUGUUGUGUUUGGUUUCGACUGGUGUGAUGCUGGCAUGGCGGGUGUCACCCGGACAGACAAGAAGUCCGCCGGUGGUGGAGGAGGACCCUUCACGUUCAUGAGAAGUCGCGGUAGCGUCCGGAAAGAAGUGAAGAGACAGCAGAGCGGGCAGGACUCUGGCGCCGGGACGCUGACCCGGUGGCUGCGUGAACUGCGUCCUGCCGCCGCGGCCGUGUCCGCCCUGGACCGUUCUCACGCGGCGUACCACAGCGAGGGCAAAGGGCUGAGGCGUCGCCAGCAGCGGGACAGACGACGCCACUCCUUCAACGAGCAGCAGCCAGGACCACCGACGCCGCCCACCAGUGUGCACCCUAAUGGCUGUGACAUUGCUGCCUCCAAAGUGUGCCACAUGGCGAGGGAUGCCACGACACCGUCGGGUCGCGUCAUGAUGUCGGCUCGCUCGACACCGAACCUGCAGCAUCAGCAACCCGGCACAGGCAUCGCGGCGCGUGGCGAGAGCAAGACGUCCAUCUACUCGUAUCUGCACACUCAGUCGGGGCUGAACUUUGCCCCGGUGGUGCAGCAGCAGACACAAGGAGAUGGAGGCUCUCCGCCACCAGCACCACCAGUGCGUGAUGCUUCCAGCCUCAAGAGUAUCAAGUACGGCCCUGGACAUGAGAAAUUUCCCUCAUGGCCGGUAUCUGCAGCUGCUGAUGUGCCUCAGUCGAUGCGGUCUGCUCCGGGCGGAGGUUCCCACAGGUCAAAGUCUUGGACUGACCACACAAAUUAUCCCAAGGAGAAGGGUAUUACAUACACGCGCCCUUACAUGAAGCGACCCAACCCAGCAUUCACUCAGCAGCAGCUGAAAACAGUUAUGGAACGGUGUGAGAAGAUACCACCAGAAGCAUUUGAGUCACGACCUGAAAUGGUGGAAGAUAAUCAGGGACACCAAUAUCUGCCAAGAGUGGAUCGAGAAGGAAAGGCUUUAGGAGAUACAGACUAUCUGGUUCCAUCCCCUCCUGAGCGGGAUAUUGCCAGCAAACCGCAACUAACCCAGGCAGAUUUGGAAGAGUACGCCAGAUCGUAUCAGGAUCCACCACAACUGACGCAGGUUGAUCUCGAGGCUUACGCGAGAUCGUAUCAGGAUCCGAAACCCCAGGCAGUCCAUCUGACGCAGGCGGACUUGGAAGAGUACUCCCGCGUGUACGAAGAAGCGCUAAGACCGCAACACCAGCAGCAGCCAUCGUAUGCACAGUCGGAGGGCUACCACAGUUAUGUUUCCAGUACUGAUUCCAUCACCACUACACCAUUCCUGGAUAGGUUGCGAAGAGACAGUGAAGCCACGACUCGACCGGUUGCGACUGCCCCGACGUCGUGGGACGAGCAUCCAGAGAGGGAACGCGAUGGCAGUCACGCAGGUCGAGACAGCGUUGUAACGACAAGUUCGGGGAGUGCUUCAUCCAGCGAAACACUCAAGUGGCACGGUUCUCUAAGUGAUGUGAGUGUAGCCAGCAGUUCGUGCACGCACCACGGUUCGGCGUCUUCACGACAGCUCAUAGCUCACAGUGCCCGGGUUCAGACGCCGCAGCGACAUCACUCGGAGAGCGUGUUAUAUCUCGGAGGUGGCAAUGCGACGCAGGGCAAUGGGUGGCAGGCUCAGGUGCAGCGCAAUAAUCAGCAUAACAAACUGCGGCUGUUUCCAGUGAAUACGUACACUGUUCAGCCUGAUGAGCAGCCGUCAACACACAGGUUGCUUCCGGUGUCUCUGCCGCCACCCGCCCUGUCCGUAGCAGAGAGGAUCAGCGAGCUGGAGCGCCAGCAGACGCGUUACACCUACCUGGAUCCUGACAAGCGACAUCGAGUGUCAGAUCCGACGCUGAAAGCCAUCCAGAAGAAAGCACUGUUGUCAUUCUAUGAACGCCAUCAUUCUGCCACUACGAGGAAUCAGGCUUGGAGAUCGGAGCCGCAGUUGGCGCAGCCAGCUUCUGCCGCUCCUUGUCCUCAGUCGCCUCCUCCCCAACCUCCCCCUCCCCCUCGACCUCACGCGGCUCGCAGGGCCUCGUCAGCAUCGGAUUAUGCUGGUGGUGCUUGGCGAGAGAUGGCAGUAAACAAAGAAAAUGUUAAUUCUGAGUCUGGAAGUAUUCGAGAUGGCCCACGCCAUCAACACAGUUCCAGUUGUGGCUCUCUGUCAGCUGAUCUGCUUGGACCGCUCAUAGUCGGUCCAUCCAUCUCUGUCGAUGACUGGGUGCCCGAGCGACCCCCCAAGAAACCUCAUCUGCGAGCUGCUUUUGCGCCGCCCGUUCCGGAGCGACUGCCAAGUCCGGACUUGCCUCCCCCAUCUCCUCCACCGGUGCUUGAAGAUGAAGUGUUCGCAUCGGACGAACCACUGCCUCCUCCACCUCCAGAACUUCAUUCACCAGACAAGAUCUCUGGAUCUGAAUCUCACGGUGAAAGAACGUCUUUGCUCCAAAAACAGUUGUCGCAAAAUAUUUCUUCAGUUCAGCGGCACCAAGAUGCCACAACCCAUAGGCAUUUAAAAAGUAGUUCAGGUAGAAGUCCAGGGAGUGGCAGUCCAAUCCACGGCGAAUCUUCGGCCCACAGACACACGGAAAACAUUGCCCGCUCACCUCAGAAAUCGCCUGGCAGCAAGACACAGCAGUGUCCAGAAAAUAUGCCAUCACCUCAGAGUCCCUCUGAAGCCGGCGCCGCUCGGAUAUCCGCGAGACACGGCGAAGACCCCAGUCAAGGAGACGGCAGUGCCUCAGCCCAACAGAAAUAUCACAAAAACAGGAACAGUCCAGACAGCAACCACGUAGCACACGGGCAAAUAGAAAAUGGAAUGUCAUCCCAAAGGCAUCCAGAACGAGGCUUUUCACUGCCAAGACACAUUGAAGACCGCGCUGUACCACAGAAGCGUCUUGACGGUAUUAAUACGUCCCAAAGACACUUGGAGUGUGGCAGUGCAACUCAGAGACACACAGUCAACAGCAAUCCAGUCCAGGGGUAUCGGCAGAACGGAUCGUCCCAGAGACGUCUGGAAAAUGGUGCCUCGAGCCAGAAGCGAGCGGAAAACGGAGAUGCUACCGCGGGCCUGUUGGAUGGUGUUGGACCCAUGGCUGCUGAUGUGUCUGUGGGCAGGCAUGUCAGCAGUGCAACACUGACUAGGAAGCAAGAGUGUGGCGCAGUUGGUAGCAGUUUGAGUCAUCAAGGUUACAUUGUGACGUCUCCGGCAUAUAGAAAUAUGAAUGACGCGUUUGCAAGAACUUCGGCCAUCAAGCCAUUGGAAAGUGACACUUGUACUUCUGCAGGAGUGCCUUUGUCCAGGCGCGCUGACGGUGGCAGAUCGUCGGCACGAUAUCCCACUCAGAAACUCGUGGUGAACGGAAAACUUGCGACGCCCGUUUCAGAACAGAACAAGCAGAGAGACGGGUCGGUGGACGUGGUUAGGUCCGCAGAUAGAUCAGGUUUAAAGAAUGGGGAAUUUCUGCUGCCGUCAAAAGCUUGUCUUCCGAGUUUCUCGACAGCGGUGAGGAAUGGAGAAACUGACGUGCCGGUCGAACCUCUGAGAACGACGAGAUCCCCGCCACACGUCAAACAGCACAACGGCCUGCCGGGUCGGCAGCAGCACACGGAGGAUCCUGGAGUCUUACCGUCACCACCCGCUGCAUGUUCUGAGGGAAUUAAAGGCGAUUGGCGGCAUUUUGCCGAGGCAGAGCAGAGCGUCCUGGAGCCUUCGUCACCAGUCACCAGACUUGCUGUGAACAGCCAACCGAGCACCUCCAAGGCGUCUUACCUCGCCUAUCGUCGUGACAGGGACAGAGGGUUGCCUAACUUUGAGGGGAGCUACAAGCUAACCAUGUCGCCGUCUGGCCAGGAGGUCGCCACCACCACGCAGACUCUGCCCACAGAAUGCAAUAGGUUACCCAGUGCAGGCAACAUAGCCACGUCAAUGGACAAAGAGCAUCAGCAACCAACUAGUCAUCAUAUUCAGGCUGUGUGCAGUGAGAAGUUUGUUCUUCUAACAUCUGUGAUGGAUUGUAAUUCCAAUAAGGAUUCCAGUGCAAGGACUAGUGAUGAAGUGCAGUUAACGGAGGAGGAGACCCAGUGCAAAGUUAUACAGUCGCCACCUCCGGAGGAGCAGAGACAGGUGCCUGCUUCUGUGACAGUAAAUGUGGAGACAGAAACACAGUGUGACAUGCCUGAGGCCGAGCCCUCCCCGUCACUAGACCCUUGUUUGCCCCCUACUGCGCAGCAAAGGAUAAGCCCUCGGGCGAUGGAGUCUCUCCAGCUGGUGCAGCGAUCAGAAGUUGUUCUGCGUGUGAAUGCGGCGACAAGCGAUGCAGCGUCUCAGACUGAAUCAGAAAGGGAAAUGGUGGACGUCGUGGUAUCACCAUUGAUUCGACAAAAGCUUCAAGAAGAAAUUGAAUGUGAGCGGCUGUCCUUGGACCUGGUUAGCCAUCUUCCACCUACUGAUAAGCUUCAGGGACUGCUGGUGCCUGUACCUGAGCUCAAGAAACCAACGGACUAUGUGAGCGGUUUGUAUAGACUGGAUGUAACUCAAAGACCUCGAGUAACAACGUCAAACGCUGCAACAUCACAGACGACAACGAAGUUAAAGUCUGCCACAACUACCAACAUGACCAGCAAUAAUGACCCUGCGCCAUCACCAGAUGAGCGUGCCAACUGUGAAGAAGCCAGGGAGCCUGCAGACAGCACAGUGAGUCCUCUGUCAGCCAGUUCUGCGUACUUCACCACAUCUGAGUCAAAAGCAAAGUUCCUCACUCGGUACGGCAGAGACAUGAAACAGUCUGAACAUCUGAACGGGCUCAAAGACAACAAAGACUUGCAGCAGAAGAAGGAGGAGCUGAUGUCCCGACUGGACCGCAAGCUGCAGGUCCUGCGAGGCGAGCAUCUGGUCGUCACCGAGGAGUCGCGAGUGAAUGAAGAACUUGGCGAGAGUGUUGCAGAUCAAGUUUCUCGUCUGGCACGACCGCAUGAAGCUUCUAAAUAUCGACUACACGUUGAAGAAGUAGGAAAAAUUACCAGUUUGCUUUUAGGACUGUCUGGACGCCUAGCUCGUGCCGAGAAUGCUCUGAUGGGACUCCCACAUCACCAUACCGAGAGGAAAAUUUUGGAGUCAAAGAGGGACAAGCUGAAAGAACAGCUGGAAGAAGCCAAGAAAUUAAAGGAGAAUAUUGAUCGACGAAGCGUGUGCGUGUCGAACAUCUUAUACAAAUAUUUCAAUGCCGAAGAAUAUGCUGACUACGACCACUUCAUCAAUAUGAAGGCGAAGUUAAUAAUGGAUUCACGGGAAAUAGCAGACAAGAUUAAGCUGGGAGAGGAGCAGUUGGCAGCAUUGAAAGAAACCCUGUCUGCUUCUGAUUGAAGCUUCUGUACAUAUGACAUAGCCUUACUUUUUUAUGCUUGUCGACCGGUGGAACCGGUCGACUCGACCGCCUAGUCUUUCGAUUCCUGUGCUUUUUUAUGCCCAGUGCUGCAGCAUCAUGUACACAGGGCAUUUCUUGAAUGCCUAAACAGGCAGAUUUAUUUAAAUUUGCUCCAUGAACUUUUUUUUGUUAACAGAUUGGGGCAAAGGGUGCUUGACAUUCAGUAGUUAGUAAAACAAUGGGAAAGCGCGUGAAAUAGUUGAUAUUGGUGUUCUUACUCUCAGUCUUUCAAAUACACUAAUUACCGCCAA